AUGGCAUCAUCAACAAAUUCAGUUUUCUCAUAUACAACAAGUCAAAUUCCAGUUUUCAAUGGUGAACACUAUGAUUACUGGAGUUCACAAAUGGAGACCAUCUUUCUUUCUCAAGAUCUAUGGGAUGUGGUUGAAGAAAAGUAUGAAGAGCGCCCAGACCCAAAAACAGCAGACUGGACUGAUGUCAAAGAGAAAGAAUACAAGGAGAAUGUGAAGAAAAAUGCUACAACAUUGAGGAUUAUCCAACAAGGAGUAAACAAAGCCAUUUAUCCCAGAAUGUUUGGUAUUAAAAAAGCCAAAGAGGCAUGGGAAACACUGAAGACUGAAUUUCAAGGAUCAACAAAGGUGAUUGCUAUCAAGUUGCAGUACCUGUGGAGUGAAUUUGAAAAUCUCACAAUGAAAGAAGGUGAGAAAGUCAAAGAAUUUUUCUCAAAGGUGGCUGAAAAAACCAAUCAAAUAAAAAGUUGUGGAGAUGAUGUAUCUGAAAAGAAACUGGUUGAGAAGAUUCUUCGGAGUCUUCCUAAAAAAUUUGAACACAUUGUUGCUGUUAUUGAAGAAACAAAAGAUCUCUCAAAGCUCACUCAAUAUGAGCUUAUGGGGUCUUUAGAAGCUCAUGAACAAAGAGUGAACGAAUACAACAACCAGCCAUCGGAGCAAGUCUUUCAAGCAAAGCAGAACUUCAAAAAUUCCAAAUCACAGCAAGGAGGUCAAUACCGUGGACAACCUUCCAGCAGAGGUCGUGGUGGCAGACAAUUUGAAAGCAGUGACAGAGGAAGAGGAAGAAGAGAUUCCUCAUGGCAGCAAAGACCUUCUGAAGAUGAAACAUAUAAGUUGUUCUUGUCUGUGACUGAUGAUAUAAAAUCUGGUGAGAAAUGGUAUUUAGAUAGUGGUUGCAGCAAUCACGUAACUGGUAACCAAAAUGCAUUUGAAGUUUUGGAUAAAAAUUUCUCAUCUGUGGUUGAACUUGGUGAUGGGAAGGAAGUGAAGAUUCAAGGAAAAGGUGUCAUAGCAAUCCACACAAGUGAAGGUAACAAAAAAGUCAUUGAUGAUAUUUUUGAUAAAAUAUCUGGAACACAAGUUGUUGUUGUGAUGCAGACUCUUAAUAAUCUUUUUCCUCUCAAUAUGAAUUCCCUUCAAUAUGCUGCCUUCAAAACUGAAAGUCCAAAUGACUCUUAUCUUUGGCACUUGAGGUAUGGUCAUUUGAAUGUCAAAGGUCUGCAAUUAUUGAAACCGAAGAAUAUGGUUGUUGGUCUUCCAGAAAUUCAGAAGAAUGAUAAAAAAUCCGAGGCUUUUACUAUGUUCCUGCACUUUAAAGCUUUUGCUGAGAAACAAAGUGGCUAUGAGAUAAAGACUCUUCGAACGGAUCACGGAGGAGAAUUUAUUCAUAAGUCAUUUCUUAACUAUUGCAAGGAACAAGGCAUUCAAAGACAACUUACAAUCAGGUACACACCACAACAAAAUGGUGUUGCAGAAAGAAAAAAUCGCACAAUUGUGGAAAUGGCAAGGAGCAUGUUAAAAGGAAAGGAGCUUCCAAACAAAUUAUGGGCUGAAGCUGUUAGUAGUGCUGCAUACAUCCUAAAUAGAUCUCCUACAAAGGCGGUCCAAAACAAAACACCUUUUGAAGCAUGGCAUGGAAGAAAGUCAAUUGUAAGUCAACUUAAAGUCUUUGGUUGUAUUGCUUAUUCUCUCAUUCCUUCUCAAAAGAGAGAAAAAUUUGAUGAGAAAAGUGAGAAACUUAAUUUCAUUGGAUAUAGUGAUGAUUCAAAAGCAUGGAAAUGGGAAGAUGGAGAUGCUCAUCAUGGGUUCGUUGAACUUGCACCUCUUGCUCCUCUUGAACAAUCCCCUCAAGAUGUUGCUAGCCCAUCAAGGAGUGAUACUGAUGAAGAUGAUUCAGAUCCUGAAACUCCUCCAAGAAAGUUUCGUUCUUUAUCUGAAAUUUAUGAAUCUUGCGAUAUGUGGUUUUUUGCAAGUGAACCACAAUUCUUUGAUGAAGCUGUAAAAGAAGAUGUUUGGAGGAAAGCUAUGAAUAAUGAAAUGAGGAGCAUUGAAAAGAACCAAACUUGGCAGCUGGUUGAUCUUCCAAAAGGAAAAGAUUCAAUUGGUUUGAAAUGGGUUUAUAAGACCAAAUAUAAUGAAGAUGGCAGUGUGCAAAAAUACAAAGCAAGAUUGGUAGCAAAGGGCUCAAAUGGAGUUGCAAGUUUUUCAACUUGA